AUGUACUCGAGCCGGGCGCGCUCGUACGCUUCGGAGGCGCGCCACUGGGUGAUGCGUUUACCGUCGAUCGGCUGUCCAUCCAGCUUGCUGUGGGUCGAGCAGCCAGUCGCGGAAAUCCUCAACCUCCACCACGCCGAGAGCUGCCUCCAACGCGACCUUUGCCACCGCAGCGUCAAAGGCGCCAAGUUCUGGGAGGUUGUCUCGGACGAGCACGGCAUCGACCCGACCGGCACCUACCACGGCGACUCCGACCUCCAGCUCGAGCGCAUCAACGUCUACUACAACGAGGCGACGGGCGGCCGGUACGUCCCGCGCGCCGUGCUCAUGGACCUCGAGCCGGGCACCAUGGACUCGGUGCGGUCGGGCCCCUUCGGGCAGAUCUUCCGGCCGGACAACUUCGUCUUCGGCCAGUCGGGCGCCGGCAACAACUGGGCCAAGGGCCACUACACUGAGGGCGCCGAGCUGAUUGACGCCGUGCUCGACGUCGUGCGCAAGGAGGCGGAGGGGUGCGACUGCCUGCAGGGCUUCACGCUGUCGCACUCGCUGGGCGGCGGCACCGGCUCGGGCAUGGGCACCCUCCUCAUCUCCAAGAUCCGCGAGGAGUACCCCGACCGCGUCAUGUGCUCCUACUCGGUCUUCCCCUCGCCCAAGGUGUCCGACACGGUCGUCGAGCCGUACAACUGCGUCCUCUCCAUCCACCAGCUGGUCGAGAACUCGGACGAGUCGCUGCUGAUCGACAACGAGGCGCUGUACGACAUCUGCUUCCGCACGCUCAAGCUCACCACCCCCACCUUCGGCGACCUCAACCACCUCGUCGCCGCCGUCAUGUCGGCGUCGACCUGCUGCCUCCGCUUCCCCGGCCAGCUCAACUGCGACCUGCGCAAGCUGGCGGUCAACAUGAUCCCCUUCCCGCGGCUGCACUUCUUCAUGGUCGGCUUCGCGCCGCUCACCUCGCGCGGCUCGCAGCAGUACCGCUCGCUCACCGUCCCCGAGCUCACGCAGCAGAUGUUCGACGCCAAGAACAUGAUGGCGGCCGCCGACCCGCGCCACGGCCGCUACCUCACGUGCACCGCGCUCUUCCGCGGGCGCAUGUCGACCAAGGAGGUGGACGAGCAGAUGCUCAACGUGCAGAACAAGAACUCGUCCUACUUCGUCGAGUGGAUCCCCAACAACAUGAAGUGCGCCAUCUGCGACAUCCCGCCCAAGGGCCUCAAGAUGUCGGUCGGCUUCAUGGGCAACUCGACCUGCAUGCAGGAGGUGAUGAAGCGCGUCGCCGAGCAGUUCACCGCCAUGUUCCGCCGCAAGGCCUUCCUCCACUGGUACACCGGCGAGGGCAUGGACGAGAUGGAGUUCACCGAGGCCGAGUCCAACAUGAACGACCUCGUCUCCGAGUACCAGCAGUACCAGGACGCCUCGGCCGAGGAGGAGGGCGAGUACGACGAGGAGGGCGGCGAGGAGUACUAGGCGCGCGCCGGCGCUGCGCUGCCGCGUGGCCCGCACUAGCCGCCGGGCCGGCCUCGCGUCUCUUGCAUGCGAACAUCGGCGACACACGGGAGCCUAGACCUCCCGAUGUGGAGCCGCCUCUAUCACCUCUCAUCACUCAUGACCGUUUGUGACUGCGGAGUUGACGUCUCCGUCGGUCGGUUAGAUCAUAGAUGGGAUUGGAGGUAGAUUGUCUACCUACCGCACCGUUAUGUUGUGUGUACCAUGUCCCACACCCUAGUACCCGUGUUUGUGCUAUGACCAAUGUCG